AUGGUGCCUGAGACAGCCAUAGUGUCCCCUCACAGACCAAGCACAGCCAUGGUGGGUAUGACAGUCAUGGUGUCCCCUCACAGACUGGACACAGACAUGGUGAGUGUGGCAGUCAUGGCAUCCCCUCACAGAUCGGACACAGCCAUGGUGAAUGUGGCAGUCAUGGCGUCCCCUCACAGAUCGGACACAGCCAUGGUGGGUGUGACGGCUAUGGUGUCCCCUCACAGACUGGACACAGCCAUGACGGGUGAGACAGCCAUAGUGGAUAUGGCAGCCAUGGUCUCCCCUCACAGACCAGGCACAGUCAUGGUGGAUGUGACAGCCAUAGUGGAUGUGGCAGCCAUGGUGUCAGAAAAACUAUCCAUUACUGGGGUUUCUACCCACUGUAAGGGUAAAUGUUAUGUGCUUAUGUUUAGAAAGUGUGUUCUAACUUUAAGCACAAUUUCAUCUUUCAGGAGCAGAGUCAUAUUAAAACAGGAAAGAAGAAAGCAAAAGGAAUUCUUUGAAAAGAAAAAACUUAAAUCAAAGAUGAAGCGUCUGGGAGUAUCAUCUCCUAAAAGUUCAGCAGUCAGUUUGGAUCUCCUCAAUCUAUAUGUUGUCAACCAGAUAUCAACCAAAGACGACAACACCGAGAACAUAAGGAAGCCAGUCCACAUUGAUAUCAUUGAAGAUGUGAAAGUACCUGUUAGGAGGCACAACAUAGAGCUUCCCACAUCACCAAUACGUCCACAACCUAUGUCAAACUUAGAUGACAUCCAGAACAGGUUACAACAGCAAGUAUUGGACAGCAGAAGGCAGCAUCUCUCAGAAAAAGUAAAAUACCAGCAUAAUUCAUCACAAGUAACAGGAUUAAUGUAUGCUGACUCUCAUAUGGAACAUGAAGAAAACAUAGCAGGAGCUUUUAGUGACUGUCCAUUGUCCUCUUCUGCUUUUUGGUCCUCUAACUCUACACAACUUUCUGAAGAAAACUUCAACACAAACCUAAUGGGCAGCACUUGGGAACAGACCUAUGGAGACAAGCUGCAAAAUCGGCCAGGAAAUAGUUCUGAUCAAGACUCUUGGAUUACAAAUCCUCCAAGCCAGUGUAUUUUCAGGAAGUCUGAUACAAUGCCUCGAGAGUUGUUUAAGCCAUUGCAUAGGCUAGACUAUAUGAAUCCUGCCAGGAAAAAUCCAGUGAUAAUGACCCUUAACGAUUCAGAAAACUGUGAAGGAUUAAAAGAACCAUUGUUUGAUGUUGUGAAAGAAACUAUAGAACUGAAAACUCCCCAAGAUGGAAGUGAUUGUUCCUUUCUGGCACUGUUUGAAGAUGAGAGCCAACCAAUCCAUAUUAAUCCUUCCCCAGAGCAUUGUCAUUCUUUCGUUAACCAAAGCAGUACUGCCAUUUUUUACAUUGAUCCUGAUGACAGAAAUCAAAUGACUAACAGAAACGUUCCUUAUGAUACUACAGAGGCUUAUCCUGCAAGCAGCAAAGUAAAAUCUUCUGUAGACAGACACCUUGAAGGCAUUUUCACUGCUCCAGAACAGGUUUUAGUUGAAAGUAACACCACUUCAAGUGCAAGAUACAAGAAAACCAGUGGACUUCAUAAAAAUCACCUUCAGGACUGUUGUGAGGGACGACACUACUUCAUACCCUUUGGCAGGAAAGAAAAACCUGCAAACCUUGAAAAAGUUGAGACAUUUGCUUAUCACCAACAGAUUAACUUAAAGGAGAAUAUGCAGAACUAUUCAAGAAAAAAAUGCAAAAAGGAGUCUGUGAAAGAGCCAGCCUGGACGAAGAACCAGCUCUUUGCAUUCGAACAGUUCUCAACAGCACAAGAGGAAGAAUGUAAGUCUGGAGGGAGUUCAAAUCUUCACAAGAUGGAGAAGGACGUGGAGUCAUCUCUCAGCAGCCAGUCUCCCAGUUACUCUCCAAGGCAGACAGAGAGCUGUUUCAGCUCCAGCCCAGACACGUCUGAAGAGGAAGAGACAGCCAGAACGAACCAUCUGAAUGAGCAAUCCCUGAAGACAGAUGAUGCCAACCUUGUUUCUGCCUCAGCGAGCACAGAGCCCCUCCGGACCUCUCACACCAGGACCUUCCCUCUCCACCCCGGCAGCAGUUUGCCCAGAGAAGCAGCAAACCGUCCUCAGGAGAAAGACUCUAUUUUACGUGCCACAAAGGGGGAAAACAAAAGCCUCCACGCCCUCGCUGAGGGCAGCCUGUUCCCGCCCGCUCUCCGGAGCGAGCUCGGCGCCCGCCGCACCCGGCGGGACGGUUGGUCACAGACGGAGUGCUCAGUCCCAGAAGUGAGGAGAGUGGACGUGGGCACCCAGUGUGGCUCCGGGCUGGUGUGCAGCUGCAGGCGCGCACGCCCCGGCGCCCAUAGCCCUGCUGCCCGCAGUCCCGCCGUCUGCAGCCCCGCAGCCCGCAGCCCUACCGCCCGCAGCCCCACAGCCCGCAGCUCCGCCUCCCGCAGCCCUACCGCCCGCAGCCCCACAGCCCGCAGCUCCGCCUCCCGCAGCCCUACAGCCCGCAGCCCCACAGCCCGCAGCUCCGCCUCCCGCAGCCCAACCACCCGCAGCCCCACAGCUCGCUGCCCCACAGCCCGCAGCUCCGCCUCCCGCAGCCCAACCACCCGCAGCCCCACAGCUCGCUGCCCCACGGCCAGACCGCCACAUGCCACCCCUGCGGGGCACGAAGCCGCCGUGGCCGCUGAGGCUGAGUACCUGAGCCUGGUUGGCAGGAGGACUCUAGAGGUGCUGAGCUACAUCGAUAUCAUGAGGGAGAGGGAGAAGCCGUGA